GAGACUGAGAGAAAAUACGACCGAAGGAGACAUUUGUUGUUUCUGGACUUCUAUAUUUGAGGAAAAAUGGAAGGUCCAGCCACAUUAAGAAUUGUCCUGCUGGGGGAAAGUCAAAAUGGGAAGAGCAGCCUGGCCAACACCAUUUUCGGAGAAGCCAUAUUUAAAGUAAAAGAGUUUAAUGAUGCAAAAUCCUUUACCACUGAAGCAAAAACCAAAUUUGUCAAUGGAAGAAACUUUACUUUGAUUGAUACUCCUGGUUUGUUUGACUCAGGCAGGCCUCAGAAGACCGUGAAGUCUGAGUUAAUGAGAUGUAUGAUAGAGAGCGCCCCUGGGCCUCAUAUUUUUAUGAUCAUUCUAAAAGUGGAAAAAUACACAGAGCAAGAGAAGGAUGCCAUCGCUAAAAUACGUCGGCAUUUCUCUGAUGAUGCUCUGAAAUACGCUGCUGUGAUCUUCACUCAUGGUGACCAGCUCCCUGAAGGGAUGAACAUACAGCAGUUUGCUGCUCAAAGCGAUGGCUUGUGGGAACUGGUGCAGAAGUGUGGAGGUCGCUGCCAUGUUUUUGAUAACAAAUACUGGAGGAACACCGAGGAGGAAGAAUAUAGAAGCAACAAGUUCCAGCUGGCAGAGCUGUUCAAAACUAUUGACAAGAUAUUAAUCAAAAACAAAGGAGGGCACUUCAGUAAUACAAUACUGAAUGAGAUAGAGACAGAAAUACAAAAGGAGAUUGAACUUUUAAAGCUCUCAUCAGAAAACAUGAGGAUGAAAUCAAACAGCAGGUAAAAAGUAUUGUUCUAAAAAAACAAUCUUCCAAAAAAGAAGAGCUUCUUUGGAAAAUGGUUUCAUUCGGUGUUGGAGUAUUCUCUAUGUUUAUCACCUUCCGAAGGGCAAUAAACACAGCAGAGGC